AUGCCGUCCGAGCAGACGGGUCAUGGCCGGUCCUUGAAGGCACGUGUGCUGGACACGGUCUGCGAGCUCGUCGUCAUGCGGCCCAUUGCCGUGGCUGGUUCCGUCAUGAGCCUGGCCUUUCUCCUGACGAUCAGUACGCUCUUACUAUGCGCUGACCACCCCUCUAUCUGUGUCCUGCUGAUGGAGCCUAACCCUUGCAACUGUGUGCAUGUCGCAGUCGGCUUUGUUGCUUAUCCUUUUGAGAUCGAUACGACCGGCACUACCUUUGUGCCAAAAUCGAGUGAGGUCUACCGUGUCGCCGAGACCUUCCUCAUUACCGAGGAGAAGACCCGUUUCAAUCCCUACCGCAAUGUCGAAGAUUUGGAAGGCAUUACUGUGGCACAACAAACCAUCGAAGAGUACCUUCUCACCAUGAUCGUCGUCGGCAAAGGUGGCGCCAAUAUCCUGACUACCGAGGGCAUCAGUCUCAUCAAGAGCACAGUCGACCGCAUUCGUGCCCUGCAGCCCGACGCAGAUGUGGCUGGCUAUUCCGACGUCUGCCUUCGUGGUCAAAACACUGGCGAAUGUGCCCCCCUUUCCAGCCUCCUCAAGUAUUUUUAUGCCACUGAAUAUCCCGACUGCCCUGGCGUCUUCAAUCCCGACGGCAAAAACAGCGACCUUGCCAUGCCGGUGGAAGACGUGCUGCGCAAGCUGAUCGAUCCCUCACAGGGCUACACGUUUUGUACCGAGGCAGUGGCUCCCGCCUGCAACCAAACUUGCAUGACUCCUAACCAGGACGACAUCGCCUCCUACUUGGGCAACAAUUUCGGCUACGCCAACACCACGACCCUUGCAGGCGAGCCCAACCUGGAGAGCGACGUCACUCGCCUCAUUAUGAAAUUCGGCAUGCCUCUUGCCGGUUACAACAACUCGGAUGAUCGCUUCGAUGACCAGCAGAAGAUUAUCGAAGUUGCCAUUGUGAUUGUUGGCAUCUACGUCAUCUUCCAUACCCAGAGCCUUUUCCUGGGUCUUUUGGGCAUGCUGCACAUUCUGAUCAGUUUUCCCGUGGCCUACCUCUUUGGCCAAGCUGCCAUGGACUUUGGAGGCAUGGGCAUUUUGAAUCUUAUGGCUCUCUUCAUUAUUUUGGGCAUUGGCGCUGAUGACAUUUUCAUCGUCGUUGAUGGUUGGAAACAAAGCCAGCACGAAGUGAGCAUGCCCCAUGGCAUGGCCCGCAUCACUUGUCAAGCCGAUGAGUUUUCGGACCUCAACACCGAAUGGCUCAAGAAGCGCAUGCGCUGGGCAUACGCUCGCGCUGCUCAGGCCAUGCUCAUCACUUCACUCACCACCGGCGCUGCUUUUGUCAUGAACCUCACUUCAACGGUGCCGGCCAUUCAAAUUUUUGGUGGCUUCACCGCUUUUAUGGUUCUUUUCAACUACCUCCUUGUCAUCUCCUUCUACCCAGCCAUCGUGAUCAUCUAUCAACGUCAUGCCCAGUAUUGGGUUUCUCCCCUCUCCUUCUGCGUCAAGAGCGGCCACAUGCACGCCGGUUUUGAAAAGUCAGAUGAUGACCUCCCGCAAGCCCAAAACCCCGUCGUGCCUGCGGGUGCAUCAAAUCCAGACAACGACCGCGACGUCUCUGGCUUUCGAGGCAUUGAGCGCUUCUUCUACAAGACCUACGCUCCCUUCAUUUACAAGCAACGUUUUUUCAUUACCGCGGGUUUUGUUCUUUUCUUCAUCAUUACCAUCAUCUUUGCGGCCCAGCUUGAGGCGUCGGAGACGCCGGCUCAAUGGCUUCCGAAAAACAACCAUCUGCAGCAAACUCUGGACAUCCUCGACAACAAUUUUGGUGUGGACGAGGACCCACCCCAAGUGGCAGUCUUUUAUGGUGUCAACAAGGUCAGCACCAAGAGCACCAAUCCCUACAACCCCAAUGAUGUCGGCAAACUCUCGUUCUAUGAUGCCUUUGAUCCCUCUUCUCCAGCGGCACAAGAACAGUUCAUUGAGCUCUGUGAGCUGUACCGAGCUCAGUCUUUUGUCUUUAACAAAGAGGUUAUUUGUCCCAUGGAAGAGUUUCGUGAUUUCCAGCUUGGCAACGGGGAGCCGUUCCCGGUACCCCAAGCCGAUUUUGCUGAGCUCUUGGGCAACUUCACGCAAUACUACGAGUUCAUCAACGGGCCGGCCCCCGACUAUUCCGGUUUUCUGGAAUCUUCCAUUCAGGAUGCUGAGACCCGCGAAACUCGGCGUCAAAACGUCAUUGAACUUUUCCAGCUCAUUCGCUUCGACAUUGAAAGCAACACGCCUGUUGUGCGCUCCAUGGCCAUCGCAGUCACCACCACGCUUUCGGCCAGCUCUUCGGGCAAAACUGUGCAAAAGGUGUAUGAUGCUGUUGCUGCCAUCACCGACGAACAAAACGACCUCGCUGAAAACCAGGCCUUUGGAUUCCGUGCGUAUCACACCAGUGACCAGUAUCUGGACAUGGUCCUAGAACAAACGCUUCUCAGUGCCGCCGUGACGGGUAUCGGUGCCUCUUUGGCACUGGCCUUUGUGAUUAUCGUGCUGACGACACAUGAUCUUGUUCUUUCAGUGAUGGCCAUCGUGGCCAUCGGAGGCGUCGUCACCACUUUGAUUGCCUUCAUUGUUUGGCUGGGCUGGAGCCUCACUGUCAUCGAGUCCAUCUGCUUGACCAUUCUUGUCGGCCUCAGUGUGGAUUACGUGAUUCAUUUGGGUGUUGCCUAUCAAGAGUCAAAGGCCAGCACUCGCUUUGGCCGCAUGCGUGAUGCGCUUGUGGUCAUGGGCAUUAGCGUGUUUUCGGCGUCAGUGACGACACUUUUGGCUGCCAUCGUGUUGACGGCCACCACUAUCAUUUUUUUCUUCAAGUUCGGCCUUUUCAUCAUGCUGACUAUUUUAGCUAGUACACUUUGGUCCUUUGGGUUCAUGAUGAGUUGGCUCUCGAUCAUGGGACGCACCGACCAUCACAAUGACCUCAAGUAUCUCUGGCGUAAACUCCUCGGCCUCUGCGGGCGAGCACCGCCGGACACGCCUCCAGUCUCUUCUCCCAAGGCCAGCGUGGGGCCGAGCGCGGCCAGCGAGCAUGAGAUGGAGUCUGUCACGAGCACCGUGUCCGUGUAAGGGUCUUGUGUGCGAGUGUUUUUUUUUUAACUGGUUGUUAGUAUGUUUCUGAUUCACAACGGAUACCUGCGAAAUGCUAAGUAUCCUGCCCACAUCGAGUCGGUGGUACAUGUUUUGCAGUGUCAGUGAGUUUUUGGACGGCGUUGUGCGUU